CUAUUAUCCAUCAACAAUUAAACACAAUUUUCUCCUAAAACCCUAGCAAAAUGCCUCAAGAUCAAAUCCAUACGAUCUCAACAUCGACGAUCAAAGUCGAAUCAACGGCUAGGAUCACCCUAACCCCCUCCGAUCUCGAGCUUCUAUUCCUUGAAUAUGUACAAAUGGGGCUUUUAUUCCCCCACCCCACCCCACCCCAACUAACCACCCUCCUCAACCACACCACCUCCCCCACCAUCAUCCACCACCUCAAAACCUCCCUCCACCGCACCCUCCACUUCUUCCCCACCCUCGUCGGCCGCCUCGCCACCGCCCGGUCCGACUCGGGCGACUCCACGUGCUUCUUCCUCGACUGCGGCCAUGCUGAGGGCGGAGCGCUGUUCGUCCAUGCGGACGGCUCCGCCCUCACCGUGGCCGACGUCAACGAGUCCUCUGACUCCGGCCCCGGGGUCGUCCCCUCGCUCUUCCCCCUCCCCGGGGCCCGCAACAACGAGGGCGCGUCCCUCCCCCUGCUCGCGGUCCAGGUGACGGAGCUGGCCGACGGCCUGUUCGUCGGCUGGACCGUCAACCACCUCGUCGCCGAUGGGACCGCGUUCUGGAUCUUCCUCAACUCGUGGGCCGAGAUCUCCCGCGGCAGCAGCGGCGAGUCGAUCUCGAGGCCCCCGAUCCUCAGCCGCGACCAGGUGAACCUGGAUCUCUGCGGAGUGAAAGACAUCUUCAUCCGCGACCAGCACCUGAUCGCGGCUGAGAAAAACAAUUCCACUGCUGAUGAGGAAUUGAGUGAGAGAGUGUUUCGCCUCACAAAGGAAAAAGUGAGGAAACUGAAAGCAACAGCCAAUGAGGAAAUGCCAGAUGGCAACGGAAAAAUAUCGUCCCUACAAGCUGUCAUAGCUCUGCUCUGGCGAGCCAUAAUACGGUGUCGUUUAGUGCCAGCUGGCGAGGACACGACGUUCGAGAUCCCGAUGGGGGCGAGGCAGAGGAUGAGCCCGCCCCUCCCGGACGAGUACUUCGGGAACGCAGUGUUCCCGGGGGUCGUAACCCUAGACGCGGGAGAAAUAUCUGAGCAUGGGUUGGGCUGGACCGCGUGGCAGAUAAACAGAAUGGUGGCGUCCGCCAGCGGCCCAGAGAAAGUCAAGGAGUUCUACUCCAGCUGGGCCAAAGAGCCGAAGUUUCUUCAGUUUGAUGCUAUCCCAACUAACCACUUCAUACUCAUAAACUCCCCGAGGUUCGAUGUCUACGGGAACGACUUCGGGUGGGGGCCGCCGGUGGCGGCGAGGAGCGGAGGAGGAAGCAGUUUCGACGGGAGGAUAACGGUGUCGGCGGGGCUGGAGGAGGGGAGCUUGGACGUGGAAGUGUGUUUGUUGAAGGAGACUUUGUCUGCCAUUGCUGAGGAUGUUGAGUUCAUGGACUUUGUCACGGUGGAAAAUUGAUUACUUAAUACUACUACUAUGACUAACUUACUUUCUUUGUAAUUGCCGAAAUAAAUUUAUUAUUUUUGUUUGCUGUAAUGUUGUAUUUGGUUUUGACCAAGUGUUACAAAGUGUUUGGAGUAUUGCUAUUGUA